AUGCUGCGGCUUUGUGGUUUUCAGAGAUAUACUUUGCUUUCAUGGUCUGAAGAAGUUUCUUGGCUCUGUCAGAAUGUUAAGGGGGACUCUGCAGUUUCCUCUGUUCAGAGUUUCUACUUCUCGGCAGUGGUCUAUCGAAUAUGGCGCGAGCGCAACAAUCGUAUCUUCAAAUUGGAGGCUACCAAUGUGGACGAGCUUUUUCAUCGAAUUGUUAGCGAUACCAGAGGUCAUUUCUGUCAUCUUCAAAUCAGAACUGCGACUUCCUCAUCCAUUAAGGAGUUUUUUCACCGAUGGAAAAUCAAACCGGAGUUUCUUUCUCACCUGCUUCAGUUUUUCUCUUGGCCUCGGCCCCCUGCGGCGUGGCUUGUUUUAAAUUGUGAUGGCUUAGUUAGAAAUGGGCUCGGCAGGUAUGGCAUUGUUGCUCGAGAUGCAAGGGGUUGCCCCGUUUUUGCUCUGGCGGGUGCCGUAGUUCAUGAUAACAUUCUAUGUGUUGAGCUGAUCGCCAUUCGUCAAGGUCUCAAGAGAGCCAGGGACCUUCGAUGUACCCACCUUCAGGUUCGUUUAGACUCUCUGGCUGUUGUUCAAAUGAUUACUGGGAAGUUUCGCCCUCCAUGGUUCACUCUGGCACUUCUUGAUGAUAUCUUUGAGCUUUAUGCAAAUUUUCAGCACUGUGUUUUUUCGCAUCACGUUCGUGAGAUCAAUAGGUGUGCUGAUUUUUUGGCUUAUUUUGUUCAAUCUCCUCAGGAGACUAUUUUGGAUCUCUCAAACCUCCCUGCUGAUCUGAUCGUCCUUUUACGUGAUGAUGCAUGCGGGAAGGUCUACCAAAGGUUGUAA